AAAGUGGCUGGAGCAGCAGAGGAGGGGCUGAGUGUCGCUGAGAGGAGAAGCGCUUCAGAGAUCACCACUCAGAGAAAGCAGCCCAGCACUCCACUUCACUUCCAUUCUGCUCGCUCUUUCCUUCUCGCCGCUCGUCUUUCCUUUCAGUUCGUUUCUUCACCAAACUCGGUACCAGGGCGUUAUUUCCGCUCGUGGAGAAGAGAUGCUCGAGCUCGGACUGUAGCGGCACCAACGCGCUGUUUAGUUCCGCACCGGGCGAGGAAUGCCAUCUGAGCCUCAAUGUUUCACUGGGCCAAGUGGAAGAAGAGGAUGGGCGCGAAUAGCUCCUCUAAGAGACCGGUCUUCGACGAGAAAGAGGACGUGAAUUUUGAUCACUUCCAGAUUCUCCGAGCCAUUGGAAAGGGCAGCUUUGGGAAGGUGUGUAUUGUGCAGAAGCGUGACACAGAGAAGAUGUACGCCAUGAAGUACAUGAACAAACAGCAGUGCAUAGAGCGAGAUGAGGUCCGAAACGUCUUUAGAGAGCUAGAGAUCCUACAGGACAUUGAACAUGUUUUUUUAGUCAACCUCUGGUAUUCCUUCCAGGAUGAGGAGGACAUGUUCAUGGUAGUAGACCUGUUACUGGGAGGAGACUUGAGGUAUCACUUGCAGCAAAAUGUCCAGUUCACAGAGGACGCGGUUAAGCUUUACCUGUGCGAGAUGACCCUGGCACUGGACUACCUGCAGAGUCAGCACAUCAUACACAGGGAUAUCAAACCAGACAAUAUUCUUCUAGACGAACAAGGUCAUGCCCACCUGACUGACUUCAAUAUUGCUACAAUUAUCAAAGAUGGAGAAAGAGCCACGGCUUUAGCUGGAACCAAGCCAUAUAUGGCUCCUGAGAUUUUCCAGUCUUUUGUAAGCGGUGGGACUGGCUAUGCAUUUGAAGUGGACUGGUGGUCAUUAGGGGUCACCAUAUUUGAGGUCCUGCGAGGAUGGAGGCCGUACGACAUCCAUGCCAGCAACUCAGUGGAGUCUCUAAUGCAGCUCUUCAGCACGGUCAGCGUGCAGUACUGUAACUCCUGGCACAAAGACCUCAUCUCCCUGCUGCGUAAGCUGCUGACAGUAAAUCCAGAGCAUCGAUUCUGCAGUCUUGCCCACAUGCAGACAGCCCCCUACCUCUCAGAUGUGAACUGGGAUGCUGUCUAUGAGAAGAAGAUGGAGGCUGGAUUUGUUCCCAACAAAGGGCGUCUGCAUUGUGACCCCACCUUUGAGCUGGAAGAGAUGAUUUUAGAAUCUCGUCCGCUACAUAAGAAGAAAAAGCGUCUGGCCAAGAACAGGUCAAGAGACAACAGCAAGGAUUCCCAAUCUGAGAAUGAUUAUCUACAGGAGUGCCUUGACGUCGUGCAGCAAGAGUUUGUGAUCUUCAACCGAGAAAAGUUGAAGAGGAGACAGGAGGAAGGCUGCAUGGUGGGAGAAGGGGAGGGAGCAGAGGGAGAAGCAGAAGGAGAAGGUGACCCUGACCGAGAGGCAGAAGAGGCAGAGGGCGGGACAGAGGAUGAAGAAACCGAGCCCGAACCCGAGACCUCCAAACUGAGCAUGUGCGGCUCAGUGUGCUCAUCCCCGGGCAGCUCAUAGAACCACAGGCACAGCACCUCCUGCUGGUCGCUUAGGUGUCACUGCGCUCACCAUGCCUAUAAAGCCCUAACUGCACCCAGUACCAAAAGUGCACCCGAUUAGGGCUCCGAAACAUCUCUCUUCUCCAUCCCAGUUACAUUCAUCUCAGCAUGGUUUGGGUUCUGCCUAUACGAGCAACGACAUGGCCUCCAUUUUCUCGUUCUCUACAUGGCCUCUAGAGUAAGCUCAAUCUUCUAUGCAACAUUAUCUGUACAGCAUGAUGUAAAGUAGACAUUUUAGAACUAACGAGCCGCACCGACAGAGCGCAUGACGACACACAGAGCAAUAGGACUCUGCUGUAAGAAUGUUAACAUGACAAGGGCGGCCAAAUGAGAAUGCUGUUUGUGUAUUAAUUACGAUUAGGUGAAAACACUCUGAACUUUAGACUUGCUAUGUUUCCUGUUUCAGCUGCUCCCUCUGAAAGUGGGCUGCUAUUUACUAGUCAUUAAGCAUUUAGUUCAUUUCUAUAGAAGUAAUUCCCAGAUAGCAAGUGAGUGAUGACCCAGUGCCCGCCCACACAUACCUCUUUCACCCAGCGCACGUUCUGCUGCGUAAUGACAGCCACAACUCAAACACGAUGACAACGUACAGUAUCUCAGGCAUGAUAUGGUGCAGUUGGACCACUUUUGGUCCAAAAUUGAAACCCUGCA